GUUGCCAGGUUUCCUCACUGGUUCAGCAGGGAGAUUUGGAAAACAUCCGGAAGCCGCACACAAAGAAAUCAGCCCCGGAUCCCAUCUAUGUGAACCUUCAGGAGCUCCAGAAGGAACUGAGUGCAGCUGCAGCUUCCAGUACAAAACUGUACCCUUCAGCCGGGCCUUGGUGGUCCCCUGCCGAACUGGAGACUCACACAGACACAGAAAGCGGAUCAAGUGUUUCUACUACAACCCUGUGACGGGGCAGACGACAUGGGAUUAUCCACUUGAUGGCUCUUUCGAUGGAGCCAGCCCCACACAUUCUUGCUCCUCUUCCCUGACUUUCAGCCCUGCUGUACCUCCAGAGUGGGACCAAUAUGUAGAUCAAGUCAGUGGGCAGGUAUUCUUCUAUAAUACAGCAACGGGAGAGACGUCGUGGGAUGCGCCCGGAGCGGGAGACCCUCUCAGCUAUCCCGAGAUGCAGCCCGCCAUUGCUCCCUUCAGCCCUGUGGAUCGAAGGCCUCCUACUCCAGAAACUGACUACCCUGACCUUUCCCCCAACGAACUCGACCGCUACCCUGAAGAAGAUUAUUCUCCACUGGGCUCCUACAAGCUCCCGGCCUUCUCCUACGUGCCUGCAUCCUACCACAGCUGGGGCUCGGGCAGCAGCCAAGAUGCCCUGGUGGUGGACUCAGACCUGGUACCUGUGCCAGGCCAUCACCGCAGCACCAGCAGUGGGUCCAGCCUGGAUGGCAGCCCCUUUGGGAUCUGGCCCACCAACCAGUCGGCCUUCUCUCCUCCAAAGGAGGAGGAGCAGUUCAAAACCCUUGAAAAAGCAGGGAUGCUUCACCGGACCAAAACGGCGGAGAAAGGGAAGCGCUUGAGGAAGAACUGGAGCUCCUCAUGGACCGUUCUGGAGGGGGGAAUUUUGACCUUUUUCAAGGACUCGAAGCAUUCGUCUUCUGGUGGCGUGAAACAUCCCUCUGUGCUGAGCAGUCCAGAACACACCGUGGAUCUUCAUGGAGCGACACUCUCUUGGGCCCCCAAGGACAAAUCUAGCAAAAAGCACGUCCUGGAGCUGAAGACGCGGGAAGGCUCCGAGUACCUCAUCCAGCACGAUUCAGAGAGCAUCAUCAGCGCCUGGCAUCAAGCCCUUGCAGACACCAUUGGCAGGCUGCCUGCAGAUUUCCCUCCGGAAGAUAACGGGGAAAGCGCCACAGAUCUAGGAUUGAAGGAACCAGUUGGAAGCAACAGAGAAAAAGAGAGUGAGAAGAAGAGUCCAGCUUCCUGGCACUCGUCCAGCUCUCUCAACACAGAGAGUGAAACCAGUAAAGUUCGGAACAAACUCCGGAAGUUUCUUCUGAGGCGGCCGACUCUUCAGUCCCUGCGGGACAAAGGCUACAUCAAAGAUCAGGUGUUUGGAUGCCCUCUACAAACUCUGUGUGACCGUGAGAAAACCACCGUACCUCAGUUUGUUCGAAUGUGCAUCCACACUGUAGAAAACAGAGGUCUGGAUAUUGAUGGACUGUACCGGGUAAGCGGAAAUCUGGCUACAAUACAGAAACUGCGCUAUAAAGUUGACCAUGAUGAGCGCUUGGACCUUGAGGAAGGCCGUUGGGACGAUGUUCAUGUCAUCACUGGGGCGCUCAAGCUCUUCUUCCGCGAGUUGCCGGAGCCGCUCUUCCCUUUCAGCCAUUUUGACAAGUUUAUCGCAGCCAUCAAAAUCUCAGAGCCAGCCAAGCGAAGCCUCCAUUUACGGGAGCUGGUGCAUUCUCUUCCUGCUGCUAACCGGGAUACCAUGAAGGUCCUUUUCCAGCAUCUCUGCAGGGUUAUUGAAUUCCGAAAGGAGAACCGCAUGUCGGCACAGAGCAUCGCCAUUGUAUUUGGGCCAACGCUGCUGAAGCCGGAGGCCGAAGAAGGAAACAUGACCAUGCAUAUGGUUUUCCAGAAUCAAGUGGUGGAGCAGAUCCUGAAUCAGUUCAGCUACAUUUUCCCGGAGAGCUAGACCCUCCCUGUGGGCUGGAAGGAGUCAGCUUGAAUGCCGUGGAUUCUACGCGAAGGCGGGUCCUGACGCUAUGCAGGAGAUGUGGUGUUGCUGGGCGGCGCCACAACUAAAAGCUGAAGACGGUGUUGGUGGGGAGAGAUGACAUAUCUAUACGACCAUAAAUAAAAGUAUUAAUGCUGGUUUUGGAA